CAGAGAGAGUGGCUGCAUCAUGCCGCACAAUACGACCCAGAACACGGUUGCACGCUCCAAAUACAAGAGCCUGCGCGAUGUGGUUCACAAGGUCAUGGCGUUACAGUCUGCCACCCGUUGCUUUAUCCACAAUGCAGAGGAGGCGCUGGGCACAUCAUUUUGGGGGAAUGUGGUACUUUCCAGCUUGCCAACCGAGGUGUCCUCUUAUGAGGAAGAGGACAAAACCAGCCACCAAAAACAUACCGAAAAUAUCGAACUGGCAUUUGACACGAGUUUCUUUAAAACCCAGUACGAGUUCACUUUCCCGGAGAAAGCCAUAGCGGUGGCACUGCGCCGGCCCGAGGAGCGCUCACCGCAAGACAUUCGCUUUAUCCGCAGCAUGAUGAUGGGAAUUCUCAGCUUCCGCAGAUACAGCACACACAUGCAGCUCAUGUUAGCCAGAGUCGUGUAUUACAGGAGGUUUGGCCGAGGGCGAGUCAUUGUGCGGAAGGGACAUCGAGGGGAUAGUUUUUACUUUGUGUUCUCGGGGGUCAUUGCUGUAACGCAGGAUGUGGAUGGCAGGAGUGCGCUGCUGGACCCGGAACCCAUCCUGCUUCACAAAGGAACCAGUUUUGGGGAAGUGGCUCUGCUGAAAGGUUUGAGGCGAAACGCGACGCUUAUCUGUAUGGAAGACACCGAGUUUCUCGUGGUGGACAGAAAGGAAUUCUUCAGGAACAAACUGGACCAGGAACUCCAGAAAGAGCUGCAGUUUCGGUUCCAGUUCUUCAGAUCCCUGGACCUGUUCUCAAGCUGGUCUGAUGAGUCCCUGGAGACCUUGGCUGAUCAUUGCAAGAUUGAAGAAUGUACCCACAGCCAGGUCAUCGUCAAUGACACCAGUGAAACAAAAAAUAUUAUCUUUGUCACUAAGGGCCGAUGUGAAGUCCUGCGUUUGGUCGAUCUCAGCCAAUGUCCUUCCUUCUUAAAAUGGCUCAAACAGCAUGAUGUUCUACUAGGACCGUCCUCACUGCUCACUCACACAGGAAGGUCCGUGCAAAACACCAGGGUCCAAGGAGACACAUCACAUGGCAAAACGGAUGCUGGAGGUGGUUUAAUUUCAGACUCAAGGUCCAUAUCUGUGGAGAAUAUAGCCCAGAGGAAUGGGCUCCCGUUGUCCUAUUCUGAAACCCUCAAAGGUCUUGUUCUACCCGAAGAUCUGGUGGCCGGUGUCUACCUGCGUAUUGACUCGAUCCACCCGGGGCAAUACUUUAGAGGUGUGGACGUGGACUACAUUGAAUCCUGUUUGGAACGAGAAGGUAGACUGAUCCCGGAGCAGACUCUGACCUUCGUCCCCACCGACAGCCCCAGAGAUCCCAGAUCCAUGGUCAUCGUCAGCCAGGGCGCGGAUAUCAUUCGGAUUAAAUUGGAUAAAUUCACAGAAUUGGCAGAUCUCAAGACUUUAAAGAAACUCAAGUCAGAAAUGACCGGAUAUCCCAGUGACAAUGACCUCUGCAGAGUCUUCCUUGAGCAGAACAAAUGGAAGGUGUUUAAGUCAGACCUGGUCAAUUGUCUAAGCUCCACUCCAAGCCUUCACCCAAAGCUGUACCCCAACAUCGAGAAAGGGAAGGGCGAUCGGAAUCGACCGUGCGCAGACAGGAGUGGGAUUCUACAACUGGGCACCCGCAAAACACGCUCUGCAAAGUUCUGGACAACGCCUAUAAACCCCAAAGCCCCCGAACCGGGCAGAAAGGACCAUAAGCAACAUAAUUCCACCCAAGGGUCCAUCCGGUUGAUCCACGGGAUCGAUAUUCCUAAAUUGUGUGGGAAGAGGGUGAUGUGGUGAUGGUGGCUGCUGAUACUAACGGAUACCCCAGAAAGACGGCAUCUCUGGAUUAAGCUGUAGAGGAAAUGUUAUCCUAAUCACACUGUAAAUUGCUUCCAGGGACAAUUCCAACUUAAAAUGGCUUUAU